CUCAGCAGCCGUAUCUGAAAAACAGCAAGAUGAAGCCCACCUCCCUGAUCUUCAGUGCUCUGCUUCUCUCUGCACUGUGUGCCCUGGUGUUUUCUGAGAACAGCCAUGGUCCGGGGGAAUGCUGCUUUAGCUUCGUACAGAAGAUCAGAUAUGAAUCUGCAAUGAUCAGCUACAAGAAUACACACCCAAGCUGUUCUCUCAAGGCUGUGAUAUUUACCAGGAGAGAUGGAGCAAAGCUGUGUGUUGAUCCAUCUAAAGAGUGGGUGCAGCACAUCAUCGAAGGUCUUGAAAUGGGACCCACAAAAAAUGAAUAAGCAUCUAAGAAUAGCGCCCCCUAGGGGUUGGCUUAUAUCUGGAGCAGGCAGUCCUUCAUGCUCAGAUGCAAAUCGUAAAAUUUUUCUCUCACGCUUAUAAUGCUACACUGUUAGCAUCCUGGUUCUUCAUGAUAUUUCAUUUUCAGUUUUUAGAGUAGGAACAGAUGUCUUUUUUCAGCCAUACAAGAAAAUAAAUGUUGCUGUAGCUGACGUUGUGUAAAUGCAGUGAAGACAAACAAUCAAUCGCUCAUGUUUAGAAUGAAUACGUAUGUUAA